AUGAACGACCAGCUCCUGCCUGUGCUGCUGCUGCUGCUCCUGCUGGGGGCCUCAGGCCCACAGGGACAGGAACCUGAGGGCCCCUCGGGGGAGCUUUCUGAGGAGCUCCCUGGAGAGGAAGUUCCCAAGGAGGAUGGGGUCUUGGUCCUGAGCCACCACACCCUCAGCUUGGCCCUGCAGGAGCACGCAGCCCUGCUGGUGGAGUUCUACGCCCCGUGGUGUGGCCACUGCCAGGCACUGGCCCCUGAGUACAGCAAGGCAGCUGCCUUGCUAGCAGCCGAGUCGGCCGCAGUCACGCUGGCCAAGGUGGACGGGCCUGCAGAGCCAGAGCUGACCGAAGAGUUUGAUGUGACACAGUACCCCACACUCAAAUUCUUCCGUGAUGGGAGCCGCACGAACCCGGAGGAGUACACAGGGCCUCAGAAGGCCGAGGGCAUCGUUGAGUGGCUGAGGAGGCGGGUGGGGCCCAGCGCCACACGGCUGGAGGACGAGGAGGGCGUCCAGGCACUGAUGGAUGCCGGGGAUGUGGUGGUCAUUGGCUUCUUUCAGGACCUGCAGGACGAGGAUGUGCUCACUUUCCUGGCCUUGGCCCGUGAAGUUCUGGACAUGACCUUUGGCCUCACUGACCAGUCGCAGCUCUUUCAGAAGUUUGGCAUCACCAAGGACACUGUGGUCCUUUUCAAGAAGUUCGACGAGGGGCGGGCCGACUUUCCGGUAGACGAAGAUCUCGGCCUGGACCUGGGGGAUCUGUCUCGCUUCCUCGUCACCCACAGCAUGCACCUGGUUACAGAGUUCAACAGACAGACAUCUCCCAAGAUCUUCGCCGCCAGGAUCCUCAACCACCUGCUGCUAUUUGUGAACCAGACACUGGCCUCCCAUCGGGAGCUCUUGGCAGGCUUCAGGGAGGCUGCUCCCCCAUUCCGGGGGCAGGUACUGUUUGUGGUGGUGGACGUGGCUGCUGACAAUGACCACGUGCUGCAGUACUUUGGCCUCGAGGCUGAUGAGGCCCCCACCCUACGCUUGAUCAAUGUUGAGACCACCAAGAAGUAUGCGCCAGCAGGCGAGGGGCCUGUCACUGCAGCUUCUGUGGCUGCCUUCUGCCAUGCGGUCCUCCACGGUGAAGUCAAGCCCUACCUCCUGAGCCAGGAAUUGCCCCCUGACUGGGACCAGCGGCCGGUCAAGACACUCGUGGCCAAGAAUUUUGAGCAGGUGGCUUUUGAUGAGAAUAAGAAUGUGUUUGUCAAAUUCUAUGCCCCAUGGUGCAGUCACUGCAAGGAGAUGGCUCCAGCCUGGGAAGCGCUGGCUGAGAGGUACAAGGACCAUGAGGACAUAACCAUCGCUGAGCUGGAUGCCACAGUCAACGAGCUGGAGGCCUUCACAAUACAUGGUUUCCCCACCCUCAAGUUCUUCCCUGCGGGGCCUGAUCGGAAGGUGAUUGAAUACAGAAGCACCAGGGACCUGGAGACCUUUUCCAAGUUCCUGGAUAGUGGGGGUGAGCUGCCUGAGGAGGAGCCUGAAGAGGAGCCUGAGGAGGAGCCUGAGGCCCCCUUCCUGGAGCCACUGGCCAACUCCACUGUGGCGCCCAAGGAGGAGCUGUAG